AUGAAGGUACGCCUGCACCCCGAGUGCCUCCCAUAUCGGGCAGCUGGCAUCCAGACUCAGCAGAACCUGGCACAGCCAGACUUCAACCUUCUUACAGAUGCUACGCAGACCGUAGUACACCAACUUUCUCUUCUCCCAAAUAUACCGAUAAUGAACAUGCAGAACCAGCUCGAUCAGGUCAUGGGCAUGCUGCGGGGGAUUGAUCAACAUCUCCAUCGAAUUGACGCGCGAAUGGAUCAAUUGGAUGCGCGCAUGGAUCGAUUGGAUGCGCGCAUGGAUCAACUCAACACUCGUAUGGACGAGGUUGAUGCUCGCAUGAAUCUGAUGGCUGCGAACGUACUAGCCACCAAUCGCAACUCGAUCGCGCGGAGCAUCAAUUCCACGAUCAAUAGAGAUAACGUUGCUCUUGUUCCGCUAGUCAACCAACGGAAUGAGGAGAUUCACGGCUUUCCAAGAAAUCUUGCUGCAUUAAAUCGGCUGACAGCAAUUCUAAUCAAGUUUGAUCAGGUCGGCAACUGGAUAUUUUGCUGCGGGAAUUUGAUAUUCCAAACGUUGGAGACAUUGAGGAACGCCGCAAUCAACUUCGGCAGAUCUGUGGAGUACCACCUCGUUUUUAAUAUGGGAAUUAUGCCUAUGUGA